AUGGCACUUUCUAUUGAGAAAGACGUGUUUCCUCAACAAUUUUUAACCAAUGUUAGGGUUCUUGUGAUUGAUCAUGAUAUCAAUCAUCUCAAUACUAUUGAGAAAAUGUGCUCUCAAUUCAAUUACCCAGUUAAAACAUGCUCUAAGGUUUCUGAAGCUUUGAAUCUUUUGAUGGAAAAAAAAGAUUGCUUUGAUUUGGUACUAAUCGAAGCUCAAAUGCCUGAUAUGAAUUCAAAUGAUUUUUUGCAACAAGUUACACAACAAAUCAACAUCUCUGUCAUUAUGAUGUGUGUCGAUGACACAAUAAGUGAUGUAAAGAAGGCUAUUGAAAACGGGGCUUGUAUUUAUUGGAUCAAACCAUUGAGUGAAAAUCAAAUAAAAUACAUGUGGAAAUAUGUUGCAUUGAGAAUUUGGAAUGAAAAAACAAAACAAGAAAUUGAUGAAACAUUUGAGGGUGAAUGUAUGAAAACAAAGGAGAAAGGUGAAAAGAACAAAGAUAAACACGACUCGCCAAUGGAAAAAUUACGUGUAGUAUGGACACCAGAGUUGCAUAAAAUAUUUGUUAGUGCGGUGAUGGAACUCGAUAGUGAUAAUGUAGUACCCACAAAAAUUCUUGAUAAGAUGAAUGUGCCUGGAUUGACAAGAGAGCACGUAGCUAGUCAUCUACAGAAGUUUAGGCUUUAUCUGAAGGAAAAAGAGAAAGAAAAACAACAGCAAAUACAGAACCACCAAAAUGACAUAAUGAAAUCAUCAUUUUGUCCUAACUUUUCUCAUGCUAUACAACAACACAAUUCAAUGUCAUAUGGUUGCGGUUCUUCUCAGCAAGUUUCAAACGAAUUAAUAGCAAGAAAUUUUCCUUAUCAAUAUUUAAUGUGGCGGCCACUUUCACCGGAAUCCAAUAAUACAUCGCCUCCGCAACAAGAACAUCGUGUUAACGAUGUUGAUCAAACUAGUCCAGCUUCUGUCAACCACCAGAUUACAACGACUCGGUCACUUCCAAUGUCGUCAUUGACAAUUGAUGCUAAUAUUGGUGACAUUAAUGGCAAAGUAACAAGGGCGGAGGAGACAGAGCUUCAGAUUCCAACGAUUCAGUCACUUCCAAUGUCAUCAUUGGCAAUUGAUGCUAAUACUGGUGACAUUAAUGACAACGUAACAAGGGCGGAGGAGACAGAGCUCCAGAUUCCAACUACUCAGUCACUUCCAAUGUCGUCAUUGACAAUUGAUGCUAAUAUUGGUGACAUUAAUAGCAAAGUAACAAGGGCGGAGGAGACAGAGCUUCAGAUUCCAAUGACUCAAUCACUUUCAAUGUCGUCAUCAACAAUUGAUGCUAAUAUCGGUGACAUUAAUGUCAAUGUAACAAGGGCAGAGGGGACGGAGCUUGAUUCUAGUUUACAAGAGGUUGUAAUGAAGCCAAAGGAGGGAACAAUUCUAGAAGCAUGUGAGUCAGAAAACAAAGUGGAGGGAACACAAAAUGUGCAAGGAAUGAAUUCUGUUACCAACAAUGCGGAAAUGAAGGAACUACGUAGGGGAAUGAGGUUACGCAAACCCAACAUCAUGCUGAAGGAUUACGUGAGAGAGUGA